AUGAGUAGCAGCAGCUGUUUCCUGUUCCCCAAUAAUAACAGGGCCAAGCAUGUUUCUGAGGGAGAAUUCUUGAAGAGUAGAGAAAUGAUGGAUUCAGAUUUUUUAAAGAAUCAGCCGGCGGCGGCUGCAGCAGCGCCGUCGCAGCAGAGCUGUGGAUUGGCGCGAUACCGGUCAGCCCCAAGCUCGUUCUUCACGACCCUUUUGGAAUCCGAUAAUGAACCCGAGAGUAUGUUUUCUGCCCUGAUGAAUGAGACCCGCGAUGAUGAUCUGAAUCAGAAGAAUCAGCUGCAGUAUUCUUCUGGGGGGGCCAUGAAGCAAGAAAUCGGUGUCGAAAACGAGGCCGGUAACCGAAAAAAUGGAUUCUGUAAUGGAUCUACUUCACAAGGGGUGUAUGAAAGUGGGGGUUCUAUUGUGGGAUCUUAUUCUGUUGGAAUGGAGAAUCAAGUUGGAGUGAGGAUGAAUAAUGGAAAUGGGAAUUGCUCAAAUCUUGUUAGGCAAAGCAGUUCUCCUGCUGGAUUUUUCUCUGGUUAUGAUGUAACGGGAGAAGCAGGAAAUUACCGAGUUAGUAAUGGGACAAGUGCAGAAGCCAAUUCAUCAGCAAAUGGUUUGAACAAUUACUUGAACUUCUCAUCUGGUGCACCUUCUAGAUCAAGGUUCAUGCCCAGCAUACCCGAAAAUGGAAAUGAAGGUGUAAGUUUGACUAACCUUGAGAACGGACAAUGGAGAAAUGGUAAUAGUGCUAAUGGCAAAGAAUAUGAUGCUGCUUUUCCAAAAGACACGUGGAACGAUUCUUCUUUCAACAGAUUAAAAAGGAACAGAGAUGUCGACUCAAAGAUGUUUUCUAAUUUUGGUGGAUCUGAAAAUCAGAGUGUGGAAACUAGAAACCCUAAUCAAGGUUUAACACACCAUUUGAGCUUGCCAAAAACUUCUGCUGAAAUGGCUGCGGUAGAAAAGUAUCUACAAUUUCAACCAGACACUGUUCCUCUUCAAAUUCGGGCCAAGAGAGGUUGCGCCACUCAUCCACGAAGCAUUGCAGAAAGGAUGAGACGCACACGGAUUAGUGAAAGAAUGAAGAAGUUGCAAGAACUAUUUCCCAAUAUGGACAAGCAAACGAGCAUAGCUGAUAUGUUAGAUUUGGCUGUUGAUUACAUUAAAGACCUUCAGAAUCAAGUCGAGACUCUCACGGACAAAAAGGCAAAGUGCACGUGCUCUAGUAAAUCAAACGAGGCAAAUGAUAUACUGCACGGGCACAGACAUUCUCGUCUAUGUAGAUCAGCACAAUCUUUGAAAGAGGAGACAAAACUUUAUUUCCUUAAUGUAUUCAGGAGCCUUUCAUGGGGAAGACUGGUGUAA